AUGGAGAAGGAUGUCAGUUCCAAGGAACAAGAUCCAGGAGAGUUAUUGGAGCAACUUUCUCAAAUGAAAAAUGAGUUGGCCAGAAAGCAGAGAAAACUGAAAGAAAAGAAAUGCAGACGGUCAGAGAAAGUAAAAGCUCAUGUAAAACAAAAGCUUCAAGAACAGGCCCAACUGUAUGGAGAACACAUGUCUCAGAAUGAUCUGAACAGAUCAACGUUGCCAAGUCCAGACGUCAGUAAUUCAUCAGCAUUGACAUUAAACCCUUCUGGUGAAGACAUAUGCAGUCAUAUCCAUUCUACAGAAGGCAGGGACAUUACGUUAUUAAGUCCUCGAGAAAAUGGAAACACUGAAGGUACAUGUAGAUUACAAGAUGUAAUGUGCUUAACCAAACAGAAGAGUGUCGUCAGUAUUGAAGAUGAUGAACGAUCAGGCAAAAAUGAGACAAAUACAUGUGAGCUUAAAUCUGGUCGAACAGAAGAGAUUUCAUCUUCUCAUUCGAAAUGUGAAUCAAAUAGUGUUGUGUCAGUGAAAGCCAAUAAAAAUAAAUUGGCCAGUCGCGUGAAGGAAUCAUUGUUUAAAUUAAAUCUUGAUUCCAAGCAUUCUCAGUGCUAUUCUGAAGCUGAAACAUGCAAAAAUCUUGCAAAUAAGGUGAAAUUAAAAUCAGAUUGUGUAUCUGUUGCAAAAGACCAAAAUCAGGAUUAUUCAGGAUGCAGAACUACAAAUGUUUUAUCAUUUGCAUCCAACAACAGCUGUAUUUUAAAGUCUCCAACUUUUACAUUUGAUAACACAGCGAACAUUAGUCCUGAUAUUUUAUCAGGUGAAUCGAGGAAUGAGAAAUUUUGUCACUUAAGAGACAAUCUUAAGAUUGAUGACAGAUUCCUUGCUGAUUCUUUAGCAGUUACUCCGUCAUUUGUGAGUGGCAAGGCUUUAUCUGAUGGACACAGUGCUAUACAAGAGAGCUCAAUGAAACCGUGGCAAUUUGAUUCUGAGUUGACUGAUAUCAAAUUAAACCUAGAUUUUGACUCUGAAACACAAUUAGCUGAUGAUCUAUCAAUAAAAUAUCAUAUUUCUCGUCCAAGGAAUAAUGUUGCUGUUAAGGAUUCUAAAAAUGUACCAUCAUCAAAAGAAUUGGAAACAAAAUCGGCACUUUGUCACUUUACUGAUGUUCAAAAUGAUGACAAAAUGACUGGUACAUCUGCAUUGUUUUUUGAUAGUGAAACAAAUGAAUCUGAAAAUAUUUGUGCUAAAAGACAACUGUGGGAUCAGGGAAGAAGUUGUAGUAUUCUUUCUGGUUGCACAAGUUCCCUUAAGCAACAUGAAAAGGAAGGUGUCACAGGAAAACGUUGUGUUCAAAAAGACCUGCAUGGAAGUCGUGCAACACCACAAACAAAAGUCACUUCUUCACCUCAUUCCAACAGUAAUAACCUGGAAACUAAAAGUGGCAGGUGUUUUGAGAUGGACUCUGAAAAAAGUAGUUUCAGUGGUCACUGUCGGUUAAAUAUGGAUAAAAGUCAACAUAUUAAAAAUCCAUCAUUUCAACAUAAAAGUGAUGGUCUGAAGAUUCAGACGAGUUCAUUGCCUUCCAUUGUGAGGAGUUUUACUGCAAACGUUGGAAGGAAUUUGUCAACUAGGAAAAGACACCGAAGUAACAGCUUCAGUGAUUUUAGCAGCAGAAAAAAAUUUAAGGACUUAGAUGAUUUCACCAUGAAAUCCUAUUCCAAUAAAAAGAGCUCUGAUACAAAUGAAAGUAGAAACAUGCAGCAUGUAUUCAUGGAAAAGACUGACAAAUGUUUAGGUGGUUCCAAUAAUAUUUGCGAUGUCAAUUCUCCAAAGACUGAAAACUGUGUUCCAGCCUGUGAUAAGAAAUGUACAGAAACACAGGCGAAUGUCUUGGGCUUUGCAUCUGCAGAAAUUAACUUACAUAGCAGUAUAGUUAUUAACAAUAGCAACAGUAUGGUAGAUAUGAAUACUGACAGUGUAAAAGUUAGCAGGCCUAACAGUACACAAGUUGGCAAUGCCAAGGAAGCAGACUUGACUUCUGAAACUCCUGAUUCUGAUACUAGUGACAGUAACUUAAGUCAGAGUCUGCUGAAACCAGUGUUGCCACUGAAGAACAAUGAUACGGGGAACCAGAAUAGGAGCAUCAGAGCAUUUGAUGAACCUGUUUCUGCAUCUUUAAAUCAAAAUGGGAAAAUAUCUGGUUUAGAUGAUAAUGAAAGAACUUGUGUUGGUGAGAUUGCUGGAUCUGUCUAUACUCAAACUAUGGAUGUCACUUCAUGUUUGGGGAAUGAGAAAACACAAAAACCGUAUUGUGCUGAAAGAGGACCUUGUUCACAGAGUGAAAUAUCGAUACCCAUUCAAGCAAAAUCACCUUACAAUGAAGAAUCAGUUGGUAGCUCUGAUGAAAGUGUUAAAAUCGUGGAAGAAAUAAAUUCAGUGCAUAAAAAUAAAAGAGAUGAUAUCGGAGAAAAUUAUCUUGACUUUACCGAAUUGGACGCGAUUCCAUUUUCACAGAUGGAACUCUCAGAAUCAUUCUUAUCUGACCCAGAAGCCUAUCAGACUGAGCGUAUGAAAGGGUCCUCUCGUGGGCGCAACAGGCAGUAUGGCAUCUUUGUUCAGAGAAAAUCUCCAAGGCUUACUUCUGGCAUUUGUAGUAUACUUGAUGGGCAUGUUAGCCAAUCUCAUUCAUCUGUAUCUUCAUAUCUUAGUUCUCAGUCAUUGUCUUCACAUUCUGAACAACGAGUGUCGAGCAUAGCCUGUAGAAGUAGAAAGUCACUCAUGAUUUCAUCACUAUUUCAGUUUCUUGUCGAUGAAGCUAAAAGAAAAAAGUCUGAGGAAGAGUUUUAUCUGCCAGAAACUCAGUAUGGCUGUCUUGUUGCGGCAAAAUGUAGCGAAACGCAACAGACUGAAGCUUCUGGAUCAGUGCUGAAACAUUUAACAGAUACUCAGUCUUUAAAUCACUUACAUGAGUGUUCUGAAGAGCUGUAUUCACAGGAUUAUUUGAAUGAUCAUCAGCACCCAAUUUCAGAUGUCUGUAAAAUAGAUGCAUGUAUAGAUGCAGAUCUUCCUGGAGCCACGAUUGUCAAUCAGAGUAUACAGUUGGAUGUGUUUGAAACCAAACAUGGAAUUGUCAAACAAGGACCAACAGAUGCUUUGUCCAGUAAACUUUCUUCUUGCAUAAAACAAGAUGUGUGUCAGGUGCAUGUAUUUCAAAGAGAAAAUCCUUGUUCUCGAGAAAGUAUGUCAUCUCACAGUAAUGUACAUCACUCUUGGAAUGAUUUUCACAAGACUUCUAUGGAGCCUUAUCCAUCUCCAUGUUCCACAAUGACUGCUAUUACAGUAAGUGCUGUAAGUUCUACAGUGCAGAAAGUGGAAUCAGACGACACAAAUAACACAACAUGUUUGCCUUUGAUGAACAGUGAAGUUUGCCUUCUAAGUCCAGACAGAGGUUCAGUUCACGGUGAUGCUUGUCUUCCAACUGACUGCGCGUCAUCUCAGAGUUCUGUGGAAACUGAAUGUUCUUCGGAGACAUUUUCAGAAACUCCUUCAACAGUCAUCACAGGAAAUGCUACAAAACAUCUUCAAAAGGGUGGCUUGAGAUAUUUGUCUUGUUUUCAGACAGGAAAGGAUGAGCCUGUAUUAUCUCUCACGGCUGGCUCUGUGAUGUCUAACAAUGAAGUUGUCCAGUUCGUGGCCUGUAUGUCAGAAUACUCCCUCAGUCUGUGGUCUUCUGAUGGACCGAGUGGCUGGACCAAUGAGCUAGACUGGCUGUUACCUGUGGCUUGCUGUGCCAAGAACAUGUGGCUGCUUCCUCACCAGACCAAGGUGGCCCUGUUGAUUUCUGGCAUUAAGGAUGAGGUUGUGUCCUGGCUGUUAUUAUUUGUCUACCACUGGCAGACUGGGGAGUCGAGUCGGCUCAAUCUCGAUCUUCCCGUCACAGAUCUCACCAGUUCCAGAAACAACUUGUUAUGCUGUCCACUCAUGGACAAUCAAGUGAUACUUUGCUGUAACCAGUCCAGUACAACUCUGGUCCAGAAGUAUUCACUGGCUGACAGUCUGGAUGAAAUCACAUCUCGACAGUGUUUAGAGGGCACCACAGAGAAGCUUCUGAGUCUGUCUGUGGUUGAAGAUCUCAAUCUAGCUCUUGUUGGGCUUUCCUCGGACUCCCGCAUUCUUGUCUGGAACCACCAUGUUGGAACUCUCCUGACCCAGAUUGAUGUAGGUCUGAUUCUUCCAUGUUCAGCCUCACUGGCCUGUGUUCUGUCUGUUAAGGGUUAUUUGCUUUUAGUGGUUAUGAACAGGAGUUCUGAAGACCCUGGAUGUUUUCUAGCUGUCAAUCCACAAAUUGAGAUGAGCAAACUGUUCUUUCAUUUCGACAAGUGUAAGGGUGGAAUUCAAAGUUUCAAACAUUCAGUUGUUAGUAAGAAGAUAAUAGCUGCGAUUGAUGAAGAUGGAGAUAUUGUAAUGUGGGAUAAAUACUAUGGCAACAUACUGGCCCACCUGCCCCAGUCACAUUCAACAUCAUUACACUUGUCUAACAGUUUGCUCUUUGCUGGUCAGGAGAAUGGAUGUGUGCAUGUGAUGGAAAUAAGAUGACACUCCCAUGUACCUAAAGUAUUGGGUCUUCUAGCUACAUCACCAGGUUGGCACCCCCACCAUGCUGGUGUAAGUUAGCGCCUUGUUCAAAAAAUUUAAAAGCACACUCACCAUGCUGAAUAUGAUCGUGCUAUUCUUGCAAAAUGUGAUGUUUCCCUUUAAAUUUUCUCACAUACCGAAUACUCAUUUUGUCCCCCAGACACCAGGAGAUCACAUCUGUAGUCCGUCCCACACUCCUACAAAAAUGUUUGGUUUCACGUAAGAAGAAAAGUAUAAGUGUUUUGGAAAUAACAAAAAAAUUAUAUUUCUGUGUGCAAUUUAGAAAACAAUUUGCUCAGAAAUAAAUAGCUUGACUUGUAGCAAAUUCCCUGUGGGAAGACCUAUAGAGGUAUGCUUUUUAAAUGAGGACCCACAAACUAUGCAUCUGCAGCCCUUGCAUUUCCUAAUCAUUGUGACAUCCUGCUUUCUGAAAAAUAUAUGUAGAACACUGAAAUAUGCUUGUAUCAGUGUAAUUUAUACGACUAGCUUUAGACACAAUAAAUGUGUAACAUCUAAUGUAAUGCUUUUGAUUGAUCUAAAGCCAAGAGGCUGGCAUCAUGGAAUUUCCAGAAAGAAAUGGCAGGCAUUUUAAUUACCAGGAAGGAAAGUCAAGCCGUUGAACUACUAUGCAGUUAUUAACAUUAAACAAUGUCCAUUUUUCUUCGUUACAUGUAGUUACAAAAUAAGUUUAUAUUACCUAGCAGUGUUUACGAAUGAUAAGGACUGCAAAAGUUUGACUUUUGUUGAAUCAUGAUAGUUGAAUUGCAGGGCCACUGCAUUUUGUUAACUUUGUUGUCAUAAAUACGAAGAAUUUCUGUACACAAGUGUUUAGACUUGGCCCGUAUGUCCAUGUUUAAAUAGUUUAUCGGUUUAGCUUGCAUUUCAUGUGCUCAUUUGAUUCAAAUAUCAGUUAAAAUCUUGUUUUAUCG